UUGUGUUGUAUCGUCCUCCCAACCAAAUCCAGCUCUUUAAAAUUCUUUCAACCAAUCUUCUUCCCACCAUUUCAAACCCUAGCCAGAAUGAUGUGACCGAACAGAAAGCCAAAGAUUCUGAAAUGAGCUUAGAAGAUUCAAAAUAUUCUGAGAUUUCGUUCUGACACACAAAUCGUUAUCAUUUGAUCGAUUCCAAUUAAUGAUGUGACAUCUAGAUUGGGAUCCAAAUUCAAGCUUGUGAAUCCCCGAUUCGGGAUUCUAUUUGAAUCUCUUGACUGUGUGUCGCUUCAAUUUGUUCUUGAAUUUAAAUUUUGUAUCAAUGAUUUCGAAUCCAGAUCUCAUCUACUACGCUUGCAUUGCCAGAAAGACCACAAUUCUUGCCGAGUUCACCAAAGAGACCGAUCUCGAAGACUUGGCUCGUCAAUGCAUCCUGAAAAGUCCUCCAUACCACUCCAUUUUCUCUCACACCGUCAGAAAAAGAACCUACAUCUUUUUAAUCGAAGACCCUUUUGUCUAUUUCGCCAUUUUCGAUCAAAACCUCGAUCAAUCGGAGACCCUUUGGUUCCUGAACCGUAUCAAGUCCGGUUUCGAAGACUCUAGAUCGAAAGGCUCUGAAAAUUUCAACUCUCAAGCCGAAUUUGAUUCGAUUUUAAGGGAAAUUAUGGUGUUGGACUUGGACUUGGUGAGUUCCACGCCUAGUUUGUCAAGUUCAAGUCAAAAUCCCAGCUUGGAUUCUUCCGCUAGAGGUCAAAGUUUUGGGUUUACACCUUUGCUUGGGGUGAAACCCUUAAAGGGUUUGAAGAAGAAGAAAAAGAGAUUGUCAGGGGAGACCAAUGGAGAUCUUGGAAAAGAUUCAACUAUGGAGAAUACAGUGGAUGUGUUUGAUGAUGUUAAUGGUGGCGUGUCUAUGCAAAAGAGUGUUUCUCCUUACGUGGGUGAUCGCCAAAAGGCGAAACAGGUAUGGAGGAAGCAUGUUUGGGUGGUGUUGUUGCUGGAUUUGUUUGUUUGUGCAGUUCUGUUUGGGGUUUGGCUGUGGGUUUGUAGAGGCUUCAAAUGCAUCGAAAGUUGAAUUUGAAGUCUUUGAAUUCUUGUUCUGAUAGAAGGUUCGGUUUGUAUAUUUGGGUUGCUUUAAAAUCUGAAUUUGAUUAUCAACGACUACACAAAAAGAAAAUACUCCGACAUAUGUGUAAGUAAGCGAUGUUGGUGGGUUCUUGAUUUUGUAUCGAUUUGUACGUUACUACUUUCUAUGCCUAGCUGCUGUCAGUGUCAUGUAAUGCAUAAAAAAUUGAAUAUACACAAAGAUAUUGCCAAUGCAAGCAAGGCAUUGAUGUUCUUCUCCCA